AUGGAAGUUUUUUUUGCUCGCUGCCAUUGCGGCCGCGUUCAAGGUCGUUUUAUUUGCAACGCAACCCACUUGACAGCUAUAGACUGCAAUUGUUCCGAUUGCUACAUGCGCAAGAAUGUACAUAUCGUCGUCCCCAUUUCGGCCUUUCAAAUCUCUAUGGAAGAAUCUUUGGAAGACGCAACAAUACUUUAUGAAUGGGGCACAAAGGCCGCCGCUAGACGAUUUUGUAAAGUGUGUGGUAUAAUGCCUUGGUAUAAGCCAAGGUCCAAUCCUGACGGGGUCGCGAUAACAAUUUACUGUGUUGACUGGACAAAAAAUGGUACGUCGCAACCGCCUAAAAUUGAUGUGAUGAACUUCGAUGGGGCAAAUUGGGAGCAGUCCAUGGAGAAA